AGUAGGCCGUGGAGCGUAGAGCAUUAGACGUAGGUCUACCUCAUUGCGCUUGGUGAUUACGUCGAUCCACCUGUUGAUAGUAGUUGGCUGUGGCUGCGACCGGCCGGCUGUUGUGUACGAAGAUUUUUUUUAAGCGUAUUAUGUGUAUACUUUGUCAAGUGCCGUGAAACUUGUUUUACGCGCUUUCGAAUAUCAAAAUUUGGAUUAUAUCCCGAUCGUUUGCGAUUCUUGCAAAGCUCCGAAUAUUUACCUGAAUUUCGACAACGUCUUAUAGUAAACCCGUAGAAAUACGGCAACAAACGAUCAGAAUGUAAUUAUUACGUAACGAACGAAACACCUGUCGUGAAAAUUGUUGUACUGUGACUCAAAGUUUAAAAAUAGUUUCAAGUUUCAAGUUGAUGUGCUAGGAAGUAUUAUACGCCAUGUUGAUGCAAAACGAUUUCAGUCUAGCUCUUCAACAGAGCAAGAUUUAUUUGGCCCAAAGGGAAGUCAAAGAAAACUUAACAAUCGGACAGGAUACGGUUGACUGCGCCAUUUUACCUCCGAAAUCUUCGGCCGAUAUGAAAAAAGUACCGUCUAUAGAAACUUUGAAUAGCGAAAUGCCGAGAAAGGAAUUACAAAAAGAUAGGGGGAAAAAGGCAUUGAAAUGUCUGUUGAAUAAAUUGAGAUUAAAAAAAUACGGAAGUGCUACAAUUUCCAAACCGGAUCCAGUUUAUAGAGUAGCGUAUUUAGGAAAUGUCGUCACUGGAUGGGCUAAGGGGGAAGGAUGUUUCGAGAAACCGUUAACGACCUUAUGGAGAAACUACACCCAAUCCUCCCGACCGGAUGUGCGCAUGAACUUGACCGUCAGUGGCGGUGGUUUGAAAGCUACAACAAAAGAUCACGGUCUCACCGAGUAUUGGGCUAAUCGAUUGACAGCUUGUGGAGCCCCGGUACAAUUUCCUCGAUUGUUCUGUUGGGUAUAUCGACACGAAGGUAAACGAUUACGACACGAACUAAGAUGCCACGCAGUACUGUGCUCUUCUUCGGCUGUAGCGAAACAAAUAGAAGAAGAACUCAAAGAAUCUCUAGCCCUAGCACUCCUAGAAUUCAAACGAGAAAAACUUUGCAGGCAAAAUGCGAGAUUGUCUCUAGUCAAUUCCGUAUAUGAAAAUCCCACUAUACCAAGAAGAAAAAUUUUACUUAGUACGGGUUCCCAUAACUAUAGACCUCCGUUAGAACGAUCUAAGUCAGCUCCAAAACUCAUGAGCAUAGAAGAAAUCAUUGAAGAAGAAGAAGACGAUAACGUCUUCGAUAAUUCCAAAGAAAGCGUAAAAGUUAAAAAACUACUUAAUCAUUGCAAUAGUACCAACAGCCUUUUAGAUAGAAGAAAAUGGUAUUUUAUAAAUAAGAUUCGAAACAAUAGUAAUAUAGUACCUGCAAGAGAAACUACCUGUGAUGAAUCUUUGAAAGAAGAAAAAACGGAAGAAUCGGAACCUCUGAUGCUGGACGAUAAGAGUGACAUUAUUUUAAAAGAACUGGUAGAAAGUAGUUUUAAAAAUGAUCUUUUAGAAUCGUGCGAAAAAGCUUGGUACAACGCCCUAAGCCAAAAACCAGAUCUAAUACCUAUAGAAUGUGACGAAGGUUCCUUAUCCAGUGGUUGUGAAUCAGCUAGCACAGCCAUGUCCGAAACAGACCAUCCUGUAUUUCCGACAAUAACCGAAUUAGCAGUUUUGCAAGAAGAAGAACAAGAAUACGAGAAGAAGACUGAACUAGACUUUAAAGUUGGCGGCACUGUUUUAUCCAGGGUACGAAGCUUUGAAAAAUUAUCAAAUCCGGAUCUACUGAAAUACUGUGGUGUGAAUAAUAAAAAACAAUUCAUGGAUCAAGAAGAAGUGUCUCUGGUACCCGUAGGAGAGACUCAUGCGGAUUUUAGUUCUUUAAAGGUUUUCAAAAGAAGGACUCUCUCCGAUCCUAAUUAUAGGCGAUUGAGCGAAGGAAAUGCUUCGGACGACGAAAUCGGUAGUGCUUGCAGUGACGAAAGUGGCUAUGAAGAGGAAGACGCCAUCAGUUCAAUAGGAAAUAUAGUUUUAGUAUGAGAUUAUGCUGUGAUUAUAGGUUUUAACUUCACUUUGUCGUCGGUAUUUAAUUUUAUAUGGUUGUUUUUAAAUAGUUACCUGCAGGAAUAUUUUCUUAUUCUGGUUUAAUUAUAAUACAUACCUCUUUAUAUUUUGUUUGAUAACAAUCCAUUAUUUUUAUACAUUUUGCAGGUUUUAUUUGUUGGACUUGGUUUUCUCUACAGUUUUAUAUCCCAACAUUCCCACAUGUGUCUUAUACUUUAAUUCUAAAAUCAUUUUUUUUCAUUUGCUAUUAAAAAACUAGGCUUUGGGAGAAAUUAAUAGCAAAGUUAUUCACAUACAUUUCCUCUUCACACAAGAAACCAAUUGUAAAUUUUUAAGAUCAUAGAAGCUCUAGAGAAAAUUUUGAUUACUUUGUCAAGACUCAAACUUACAUUGCCGUCAUUGUAUUGAAUAUUCUACUGUAUUAUUAGUAUACUGUUGAAAAUUGGAUUCUCCAGGUUUAAUUUGUUUAAAAAAAGCAUUUUCAAGAAUACCUUGAUUAAAGGUUGGCUUUUGUAUGUUCAGUUUGAUGAAAAAGUGAUUUUUUGAGAUAUAUUUUGUAAAAUAUUGACUAUUUAAAUUUUAAUUCAUGAAAAACUCUCUUUUCUAGUUCCAACUUUUUGGAAAAUUGGCUUUUCUAGCUUCCAUUUGAUCAAAAAUUGGCAUUUUCCAACAUUGAUUUUAACAAAAAUUUAUUUGUACCAAAAAUUGGCUUGUCUACGGUUAAUGUAACUAAAUUAUCAUUCCUAUGUUAAAUAUAUAAAUAUAUUUGAUAUUUCUAGUUUAAUUGGGUCAAAAAUUGGUUUUUUUAACAUUGAUUUUAACAAAAAUUUGCUUAUUUAACUUUAAUUUGGUGCAAUCCUUCUCAUUCUUAAUUUAUUUGUACCAAAAAUUGGCUUGUCUACGGUUAAUGUAACUAAAUUAUCAUUCCUAUGUUAAAUAUAUUAAUAUAUUUGAUAUUUCUAGUUUAAUUGGGUCAAAAAUUGGCUUAUUUAACAUUGAUUUUAACAAAAAUUUGCUUAUUUAACUUAAUUUGGUGCAAUCCUUCUUAUUCUUAAUUUAUUUGUACCAAAAAUUGGCUGGUCUACGGUUAAUGUAACUAAAUUAUCAUUCCUAUGUUAAAUCUAUUAAUAUAUUUGAUAUUUCUAGUUUAAUUAGGUCAAGAAUUGGCUUUUAUAACUUCCAUUUGAUCAAAAAUUGGCAUUUUCUAACUUUGAUUUUAACAAAAAUUUGCUUAUUUAACUUUAAUUUGGUGCAAUCCUUCUCAUUCUUAAUUUAUUUGUACCAAAAAUUGGCUUGUCUACGGUUAAUGUAACUAAAUUAUCAUUCCUAUGUUAAAUCUAUUAAUAUAUUUGAUAUUUCUAGUUUAAUUGGGUCAAAAAUUGGCUUUUAUAACUUCCAUUUGAUCAAAAAUUGGCAUUUUCUAACUUUGAUUUUAACAAAAAUUUGCUCAUUUAAGUUUAAUUUGAUCCAAACCUUUUCAUUCUUAAUUUAUUUGUAUAAAAAAUUGGCUUAUCUACGGUUAAUGUAACUAAAUUAUCAUUCCUAUGUUAAAUCUAUUAAUAUAUUUGGUAUUUUUAGUUUAAUUUGAUCAAAAAUUGGCUAUUCUUACUUUUAUACGGUCAAGCAUCGUUAUUAUUGAAUUUUUUACGAAAAAAUUGGCUUUCAAAGUUUAAUUUGUUAGAAAAAAAUUGGUCAAAAUCGGCUUUUCUAAAUUCAAUUAUAACAAAAAAAUAUGUUUUCAAGAUAUAUUUUGUCUAAUAUUGAUUUUUCUAAAUUAAUUUUUUCAAAAAUUGAGAUUUCUUCCUUGGUUCGUUAGGAAGUUCACUUUUAUCAAACAUUGGCCAUUUUAACUUUAGUUUGGGCAAAAAUUAGCUUAUUUAAGCUAAUAAUGAAUUAUUUUAAUGAGAAAUUUAUAUUUGUAUGUUUAAUUUAACAAAAAGUGUCUUUCUAUGUGUAGUUUAACAAUAAUUGGCUUCUCUAAGUUUAAUUUCUCUUUUUUUAGAUACUUUUAUUCAAAUGCUGAUUUAUUCUCAAUGUAAUUUAUCAAAAACCGUCUUUCAAGUUAAUUUUGGUCAUAAAUUGACUUUUCUAAGUUUUUUUUGGUGGAAACUUGACUUUUUUGUGUUAAAUCUGUUCUGCUUUUACAGUUUAAUUUUAUCAAAAUUGCCUUCUCUAAAUUUAAUUAUGUCAAAAAUUGUUUUUUUUUCUAAACUAUAGUCAUAGAUAAACUUAUCUUAAUUUAAUUUGUCAAAAAUACAAUUCGUUUAUUUCAUCAGAAAUGUCCUAAUUAAUUUAAUUUUAUUCAAAACAUGGCUUUUUAAUUGAGUUUGGUCAAUGGAUGUCUUUCUUUACUAUAUUUUGUUCAAAAACUGGAAGUUAUUUUGUUAAAAAUUUUACUUUUCUACUUAAAUAUAACCAUAAUUUGACUUUUAUAAUUUUUUUGGUAAUAAUUUGACCAAAAAUUUCCUUUGUUUCAAGUUUAAUUUGGUCAAAACUUGGCUCUCUAAUGUUUAAUUUGAUCAAAAAUUGUCAUUCCUAUUAUUUUACCAUCAUUGGCUGUUAUUUUGUUAAAAUUUGACUUUUCUUGUUCAAUAAUACAAAAAUUACCUUUCCUAACUUUUUUCAUCAAAUAUUGAUUUUCAUGACUUCAAUUUCCAAAUUUAAUUCUACAAAAAAUUGUUGGAGAAGUCUAAAAAAUAUCUUUUUCAAGUGCAAUGUGUGUAACCCAGAACAUCACAGAUUUUUUGAAUCAAGUAUACUAUUGGAAAGAUAUUGGAACGCCAAUUCAUCAUAUCUUAACAUUUUACCUUAGUACCAACGAAAAAUAAGAUUAUGACAACGUUGGUAUUGUAAAUAAAUAGGAUGGCAUGAUACAUCUUUAGUUCUGAAUUCCUAAAUUUUGAUGUAAAAAAAAUUAAAAAUCUGGUUUCAGAUUAAGCAAAUUAACUUUUCAAAAAACCCGAAUCACAUCACUAGAAAUAACUAAAAGUUACUGCACUACCAACUGUCAAAUGAAAUUCUACCAAUUUUAGGGAGUGGAAAUAGUAAUUAAACUGAUAGAAAUUUUUGUUAUUAAUGAAAAAGUCUGCUAGUACUUGGAAAAGUCUAGAGUACAAAAAAAACAAGUGGAUACUGUUAUAAUUCACACAAUACUUAUUAGAUCACAUAUCCCAAGUGCUGCGUAAAACUGACUGUGAUUUGACACAAUCACAAAUCAGCAGAGUUGCUAACAUGAUUUCAAAUAAUUCCUAAUUCAAAGAUCUUCGAUAUUCAACUUGAUAUUUCUUACUUUAUUUGAAUAGAAGAAAGGAUUAUUUUUAAAAAGUAAGGUUAACUUCAAGACGUAUUUAAAAUAUUCUAAUUCCCCAAUUUGUUCCACUGUUUGUAGUUAAGUAGUUGACGAGUUUACUACAUUCAUAAUUUAUUAUUAUAUAAAUUAUUGAUAUAUUUAGCUACUUAAAUGAUAUGAAAUUAUAAAAAUUAGCUGCAUAUUUUUAACAAUUAGAUAUUUUGUGAAAAAAAUAGUGGUAUUACUGGUUUUGUGUAUAUAAUUGUAAAUAUAAAAUUAAAAUGGCACAUAAAUAAUGUUUGUAAUAAUUUAUUGUUGAUUAAUUAUGUUGUUACAUUACCAAUUAUACGAUGGUAAAAUGUUGUAUAUUUAUGUAAUUUUACACGUCAUUGUACCUUUAAUAAAAAAAUUUUAAA